GAGUGAGACGCUUUCCAGCUCGGGUCAUGCAAGCAUUGGAGGAAACCAAAGUUUGACAUCUCACUCAGAUAAAGGAGACAUGUGGAUGAGCCUCACACUCUCACUUGUAGCUGCCUUGGCGCUGGGAACAGAGGUUUCCCUUCCUCAGGAAGAAGCCUCACUUGAUACGACUGAGAACCCAACAGAGGCGCAUUUUGAAGCCAAUGACGUAGCGUCCAGGUAUGGAAAUGCCAGACGGGACAUCUUGGCAGCCCAGUUUGAAUGCUACCUGAAGAUAAUUCACGAGCCUCUUCGAACAGAUGAAGGCCCUUUCUGUAAUCGGACAUGGGAUGGCUGGAUGUGCUGGGACGACUCAAUACCAGGGACUGCCAUUCAGAAGUGUCCAUCAUACUUUGAUGACUUUGACCCUAGUGAAACAGUCACCAAAGUUUGCAAUCCUAACGGCCAAUGGUUCCAUCAUCCAGAAAGUAACAGAGUAUGGACCAACUACACACUAUGCAAUACCCUCAAAAAAGAAAAACUAAAGGUUAUACUUAGCCAGUAUUACCUGGCUAUGGCAGGUCAUGGUAUUUCCAUCAUCUCCUUAACAAUCAGCUUGUUCAUCUUCUCCUAUUUAAAGAUCCUUAGCUGUCAGAGAAUCUCUCUCCACAAAAACAUGUUCAUGUCCUUCAUUUUCAACUCCGUCUUUACCAUGGGAUGGCUUUCAAUGAUGGUUAACGGACGUCAUGCCUUAGAAGCCAUCAACCCUGUUGGCUGCAAGAUUCUGGCUACGUUGGUUCAGUACACGUCUACUUCCAACUACCUGUGGAUGCUGUGUGAGGGCAUCUAUCUCCACACACUCAUCAUAGUGGCUGUCUUUGUUGGAGAACAGCAGCUUUUUUGGUACUAUGUCCUGGGAUGGGUUUUCCCCAUCAUUCCUGCAAUCACAUAUGCUGUUGCUCGUGGACUCUACUAUAAUGACAAUUGUUGGAUCGGUGCAGAAACCUACCUUCUCUACAUCAUUCAUGGGCCCAUCCAUGCUGCACUCAUUGUGAAUCUUUUCUUUCUCCUGAACGUCAUCCGGGUCUUGAUCACCAAGCUGAGAAAAACACACUGUGCCGAAUCUACGACUUACAUGAAGGCAGUGAGAGCCACCCUCAUCCUGAUCCCCCUGCUGGGAGUCCAGUACAUCCUUUUGCCCUAUCUGGGAUCAGACAGUUAUUCCAACCAAGUCAUUUAUUAUCUUGUGUCUGUCCUUUCCAACUAUCAGGGACUCUUUGUGGCCAUUAUUCUUUGUUUCUGCAAUGCAGAGGUCCAAUCAGCACUGCGCAGGAAGUGGGCUCAGUGGACGGUCGCCUGGGGGAAAACCGGCUGGGGAGAGACAUCCUUCGUCAGCCAUCACUUACACUUCCACACCAACUCCUCCAUCACGGAAACCAGCCGUACCACUGGGAGCGUGUUGGUCCCAGUCAGUGGGUCGUCUAACCCACAAACAGAACAUUUUCACCUCAUGUCUUUAGAGCAAAGAGCCAACGGGCAGGAAACGCAGGAUAAAGACGCACUCUGAGACCUCUGAAAGGAUAAGCAACGCAGAUGAUGGUGAUGGAGUCCAAAACUCACACCAACUAAAGAUCCUAACAUCUGAAAAAACGAGAAAUCAAAAAUUAUUUUGCAAAGUUAAUGAGAGAAAGAUUGCUUUGUAUGUACAUAAAUUAUAGUGUAUAAACAGUUUAACUGGUAUUUUACAGUAACAGUAAAGUCAUGCAAGAAACAGACAUUUGAUAUUAAUGUGCCGUUUUAGCAUUUUUUUCUAAAUAAAAUAGACCUGUAUAUUUUUUGUCUCUUCAAGGUUUCUUUCAUAUAAUCUGGAGGAUUUAAAAAAAAAGUUCUACUAAAAAAAAUGUUUGUAUCCUGUGACAUUAAGGCGCUUUUACAGACAGAAGUGUUCCUACUAUUGAACCUUUUUACGUGUUCACUUUUUGCAGCUAAAACCUUCAGUGGAUUUCAAUGUAACAGAUAAAAAAAACCAAAUGCAUAAAUGUGCUUAAAACAUCUUAAAGUGUGACUUUGCCUGAUGUGAAAACAAAUCCUAAACCUGCAAGUUUGAGCUAAGUGAGUUUUUUUAAGGAAAGCAUGGAUAGCACCAGAUUCUAUCAUUUCAACCAGAAGAAAAAAUCCCCUUCAGUAGCCACCAAGUUUAAUUAGUUUAGAUAUUUUUGUAAUACUCAAUAAAUGUUGCUUUUUAAUUUAAUUCAAAAUUACUUUAUUAUUCCCAAAGGGAAAUUCAAUGUUGUAACUCAUAGGGUUGUUGUUGAUGUUAAUAGUUGUAGGCAGGAAGCGUCUCCUGUAGUGGUCUGUCCUGCAGAGGAUCUAGAGAAGCCUCUUACUGAAGACACUGAUGUUCUUAAACAGGCUGAUGAACAUGAUGCUCACUGUCGUCCUUAAUGUUCUUCACUUUAUGAAGAAUUCUUUGUUGUAAAUCAGCUUGUUGAGCUUUUUUUUUACACUCUCCACUAAAGACGAGAGAAGAUAUGCAGCAUCUUUCUGCAAACACUGAAGACCUGAGCUUUCUUAAGAAGUAAAGUCUGAUCCUCCCUUCUUCUAGAUCAAUUCACAGCUGUGUCUCCAGUCAAGUGUACUUUCCAGGUGAAGACUGAGGUAUUUAUGCUCCUCCAUCACCUCCACUUCUUGUAUUUAAAAUCUAUUGAUUUGUUUGUUUCUUCUGAAAACUUUAAUCAUCGCCUGUGAUUUAUUUAUAUGUAGAAUUAUAUGGUUGUUUAAUAAAAUUUUAAAUCAAUGAAAUCGAAUGAAAUACAGUAUCAGUAUAGGAUCAAAUGAAAUAAAAAUAACGUGACUAACUGCUGCAAAACAGUCUUCCAAUGACUGUUAUGUCCAUAAACUAUUUAGGAAAACUGUAAUAUAUUCCUCAGUAACCAAAGGAGCCACGUAUGCUGACUAUUAGAAUUAAUUAUGAGG